GACUUCCCCUUUUUUUUCCUGUGAUGUCACUGACACUGGACACAGUUUUCACUUCGUCUUUGUUACAUUCGUUUACUGUCUCUGGAUUAUGGUACAUUGUUGCAACAGUUUAAAUUUUUUUGGCUACCAUGUCUGAAGGUAUGGGGCAGAGAUAAUCCAUUAAACAUUAAUUUACCAGAAGGAUUUUUGAGAAGAGUAGAGCAGACAUGACGAUGGUAACAACAUGCAUGGUUGGUUCCAAAAACUCUUGAAAUCAAGAGUAUCGUUAUCAACACAACACGAACAAAAAGUUAAAGUGACAAGCUUAUCAACAUUACCAUCAUUUACAUCAACAUGUUGUUCUUCAUCACCAUCAUCAUCACCAGAGAUAGCCCUUUCCAAAACACAAAAGCCACCGCCUGCUCUGAGCUCAGAGAUGAGAUGGAAACGAAAAUAUGACUUGCUUUUGUGCCACAGCCUUGCUGACAGUGACAUUGAGGAGGCUAAACGCCUGGUUUCAUUCCUGGAGGCUUCACCCCGCAGCCUUAGGUGCUUUCUGUGGCAGAGGGACGUCUGUCCAGGAGGUGCAGUUUCCACAGAAUUCUGCCAGGCUGUGCAAGACAGCCACUUACAGGCUCUGCUUAUCACUCCUAACUUCCUGCAGGAUGAUUGGUGCAAGUAUAUGAUGCAUCAGGCUCUGGCAGAGGGGCCUAUGUCUAAUCGGCUGAUUCCCCUGAUACAGAACCUGUCCCACUCUCAGUACCCCCAGGAACUGAAGUUCUACUUCUACAUUAACCUGAACAGUAACACUGACCGAGGUUAUGAUCUCAUCAACCGGACCGUGCUCAAGUACCUGGAAGACCUGGUUAAAAAAGAGAAGACACUUGAGUGCAACACGGACAGCGCUAGCAACGGAAUAAGUGGAGAGGGCAGCUCACAAGAAGACAAGCUGAUCUCAAACAACAACCCCACUGAGACUUCAAUUUUGCUGGAAGUGACGCAGAAGAUAAACGAGAGCUUUAAUGAUGUUUACUGUGAUAAUCAUUGACAGUAAUUAAAGAAUAUGACAAAGGGCAAGAGGCUCUUGAUGGAAAAAAAUACUGCUGGUAUUGACUGAGCUGAACUUUAGCCAUGCUUUUAUCACAUCAUGUUGUGAUUAAAAGGAAAGCUGAGCAUUGUGUUGAUGCUUAGACUUUUCUUCUUUUCUUCUCUCUCUCUCUCUCUCUUUUAUUUAUUUUUUUUACACACAACACUCUGUGUGUGGUGAGGAUGUUCGUACAGUGAACAGGAAACAUUUUAUUCCAAGCAGCACAUGGGCUUAUUUCCUGUAUCAAAUCUAGAGAAGCACACAGCUGGCUGUUUAACUGCUGAUAAUGAGCACAUGUUGUGGGAAUUUGUGUUUGCAGCCUUAGCUUGUAGCCAGUAAUUCAGUUAAAUUGCAGCCCAUAAUUUAAGUCUAGAAGAAAGGGCAAUAAAGCACCAUAAAUACACAUGAUGCAUAAGGACAAACAUAUUGUGAUACAGAUAGUGUUUACCACUAGGUGGUGUAUUUUCCUGCACAGUCCAACUGAGAGUGCUCAAUAGGAGAUGCCAGUCAUGAAGGUGCUGCCUCAGUAACUCUGCUUGCUCUUAUGUGUGUGUGGGUGUGUCUAUGUGAGAGAGAGGGAUAGACAGAGAGAGAAUGAAAUAGUAAAAGUAAAAGAGUAAAAGGGAAAUACCCAUACUAAACUGCUGACAGUGACAUGACCUUUUUACUGAGCUUGACUUUCAGUAACAAUAGAGGAAAUGUAAUUCCUGACACAAGGCACAAUUUUAUGUUAUUCUGAAAAAGAACAUGGUAUCAGACUGAUGGCUCUGGUCUGAUGCUAUUAAUAUUUCUGACUGAGUGGUUAGAGCUCAGCUAGUUGGAACAAAGUCUAAACACGUUGAAUACUUGGAAGGAACACCCUUUCUCCUCUAUCCAAAGAAAAAACAUUCAUUCUACUGUCAGGUAUGAUUUAAUGUCCCUGGCAGUACCUCGCCCUGUUAAUCAAGCAUGUUGGCAGUGCUUCAUUUCAGAUAGUUGGCAUUUGGACCACUCAGAGUAGAAUAUCAGGUAUACACUGAAUCAACUGGAGCUUGACAUUUGUGAUCCUGUUCUUAUUUUUUUGACGCAAGCAAGGUUUUUUCCCUUUUUACACCAGGCACCAUCUGCCUCCACAAAGUGCUGCAUGUUCUAUCUUUCUGACUGUUAUUAAUGCUGUAUCAUCCUCCCACUUUCCCAUCCCCCUAAACAACAGCAGACAUUUAGGACCACAAUAAAAGACCCUUGAUAAUCA